CGGUGUUGAUUGCUUCUAUGAGAUCUUGUUUUUAUUUAAAGUAAUGAUGUUGUAACGUGAAAAUGGUACUUGAAAAAUCCUUUUUGCCCCUAACGGAGGAGCGAAGCGCAGUUAUUCUUUUUCUGCGAGAACAGGUGACCUCUACGUUAUUUUCUAGGCCUAUUUGAAACGAGAAAGGGAGUUUCUAUGGACAAAUAAACGGUUAACGUGAUGUUAUAAGCCUUAACAUCCUGAUUUUGAACUAUUGUUGUUUUAUAGAGAACAGCAAACAACAUAUAUUGGUAUAAGGUAUAUGUUAUUGGCAUGGCUCACCAAAGAUGACCAGAGAUAAGGGGGGAGGGUAAAUUAUAUUCUAAUUAACAGCAACAAAAUCGUCUACAACAACAAACAACAAACAAUGGACCCCCAAUAAUGCUUUGGUGCCUUGUUGCGAAGCUGCUUUUACAAACAUGUUCUAGACUAUAUAUAUAUUGUUUAUGUAAAUAAUUCGAGCCAAAGAAGAGAUUUCUGGUUAAGGUUAUGGUUUCAGGCAAAACGUUUUUCUUGUCUUCUGGAAAAUUACUUGAAGAGGGAUGUUGCCAGGGUUCCCAAUCCAGUCAGGCCCUUUUUGUCAUCGUUUUUUUGUUGAGCAAGCCAUUUGCUGUUAAUAGAAAAGGCUUUUUGAUGAAAGCCUUUUGCUUUUCCUUACCGAUGGCUGCUGGAAAUCUUCGAUAUCUCAAAGUCUACUAGCAGGUCUUUCCAACAUUUGCAAUGAAAUUGCUGGCAGGCAUCGUCAACAACGCGGAUCUCAAAGUCAAUAAAUGUCAGCCAAAAGAAAAUUAAGGAGUAUUCUUGAAUACAUUUUUCUGGAAGGCAUGUUUUGGCUUAUCGAUGGUGUUUUACUAGACGUCAAUGGAUACUCAAGUCUUUUUAUGUUUGACAGCGUAUAUUUGUUUUACUACAUUCUUUCCUUCUUUGCGUUAUUUUUAACGAGGGGCGAUUCACAGCGUACGAGAUUUUGCCUAAAACAAAAGGAUUUCUGGGGAUUUUCAGAUAAAACAAUAGGAUUUUCGCAAAAGGUGUACGAAAUUUUUUUAGAGUGAUUUGCCCCUCGAUUUUUAAAAGCGUACAGUGCAAAUGUGAGAAACAUCUAAGAAAUGACGAUAACUAAUAGACAUUAAAAGGGUAUCGAUAAGAGUAAGACUAGUUUUGUCAUCAAAUUAAUCGAACACAGGCUUCUAAGGCCAGUGGGAUAGCGGCCACUCGUCAUAACUUCUGAUAUGAUAGGCAAAGGGGGCACAUGUGUUGGUAUUUGAUGCACAUAAAUAAAAUCCUAUUUUCACUUUCAAAAUUAAUACCAUGGUUUGUCAGUUAAAAUCCCUUGCCAUAGCACUUUGUUACACUAGUUUUCUCACGGUAGGAGACAAGAAAGAUUGUUUAUGUAAAAAGUGGUUUAGAGGAUAUACAAGUGAAUUAUUACUGAAGGUCGGGAAAGGUAUAGAAAGAGGGUGCAUGUUCAGUUUGUUUUGCAAACAUCGUGUGAUAUUGCCUGCCAAGUUAUCGAAACAUAUGGGCGAUUUUAUAUUUGAUAUAGAUAAUUUUGCGAAGCAAUGCAAAUGAAAUUAAAUAGUAAAAUCCUGACAUCACUUCGUAGCCUGUUGGGCGAGGCGAGGCCCAAUUUAAUUGUCUGCAGGGACAUUCACUUCGGGGACUAAAAGCAAACAUUGUCAAUUGAUGUAUGUUUGCAUUGAAUCUGAACAUCAAUAAAUUUUAUCGGUGGUGAUUAGGCUGAGUAUACAGUGCCCACUAAUGGGUGUAAUCCCCCAUUUGUGUGCAAAAUAGAUUGUUUACCGAAGGAAGCAUUGCACUUCAAUUUAUUCAUUAAAUAACCUUGGUUUGAUAUGAUUUUGUUUUAUCCGGCUUGUUAAUCAUCUCAGACGAUGCGUUGUGCAUGAUCGCGCUAAGCCCUUUAACGAUUUUCAAGGAUUUUGCAACCAGUGAUGCUGCAGACUUCCACAAUAAACUGCCUUUGCUGUCGAUAAGAAGGCAGCGAAAAUAAACAAGUUGUUUCGCAGAACCUUUCCCCUGUUGAUUCUAUGCCUUCAGUGUGGGUAUAGAAACAUCUCAGACCGACUCUGGAGUACGCAGCCGUUCAUGUUUGCACGUGAAAAAUCACCCGGACAAGAAGUCCAUUUUGAUGUACCUGACUAUACUGUUUGAAGUAAUGUCAGGUGACCAGAAACAAAUCGUUCUUGAAGAAGUCAGCGAAAGCUCAGAGAAUGAGUUACAGGCCCGGGACAGCCCAACCCCAAGUUCAGUCUCCACUUUAUCUGAAUGGGAGGACUACAAUGAGACGUUGACUCAGGUGCUGACCUGGCUUCUGCAAGCAGAAACCCAGCUGAAGCAGCAGGCUCCUGUUUCCGACAAAGUAGACGUCGUUAAGGAGCAGUUUAGGGAACAUGAGGAAUUUAUGAUGGUCUUGACGUCACAUCAGUCGAGUGUUGGUGGUGUUCUUGAGUUCGGGAGUCAGCUGAUAAAUGAAGGGAUUGUAUCUGGCAACGAUGAACGGGAAAUUCGAGAACAGAUGACGUUGCUAAGUGAUAGAUGGGAAAACCUGCGUGUUGGAGCAAUGGAAAGGCAAACAAAGUUGCACCAAGCCCUGAUGGCCCAACAGCAGCAGCAACUACGAGAACUAGCAAACUGGCUCUCUACCGCCGAAAGGAGAAUGGAAGAGUCAGCCUCGAUUGGGUCCGACUUAGAAGCUGUAAGAAACCAAGUCGAAGAACACAAGAAAUUUCAGGAGGACUUGGAAUUUCAGCAACAGCAUGUCAAUUCUUUAAGUCACAUGGUUGUUGUUGUUGACGAGAGUGAAAAUGAGAAUGCGACGGCUGAUCUGGAGGAGCAGUUAGCAGUUCUGGGUGAACGCUGGUCUGCAGUUUGCAAAUGGACCGAACAACGAUGGGCUCUGCUGCAAGAUGUUUUGAACAACUGGCAAUCAUACAGAUCUGAAGAACGACGUCUGAGUGAGUGGCUUGGAGAGAAAGAGCGUAACCUAAAAGAAAUAUCAGAAACAGACCUCGGCGACAAGAUGACUGUGUCAUUGCAGUUACAGCAAUUGAAGCUAUUAGAGCAAGAGCUUACUGCACAGCAGUCGAAAUUUGGCGACUUUAACAUGGCCGCACAGCAAGUAGCUACGAAUCUCGACGAAGAAUCACCUGCUAUUCAACAGAUUCAGGACACAAUGGAGGCCUUCAACAAAAGAUGGAACAAUAUUGCUAGUGCUUUAAAUAGUAAAGUCAGGCUGCUGCGAAGCAUCGAAGAGCCUCUUGGAAGGUUCCUAACCGAGUACGAGGACAGCAUCACGUGGAUUAGCGAUAACGAGGUUUUGCUGAAACCAGUCAUGACAUCUGAUCACAUGGAAAAGCAUAAAGACCUCAUCGAGUCUUUAGACGCGGCAGUCAAGACCCGAGCAACAUCCAUAGAAGGAAUAUCAAGAAAGGGCGAAGAGAUUGUCACUGAGCUUAAAGCAAACAACCAAGCUUCAGUCAGUCUGGAGCAAUGCAUAAACAGUUUGAAUGAGAAAUGGAGUGCCCUGUGCGUCCUCAUUAGCAAGCAGAUCAAGAGGCUAGCCUUGGCUGAAAAGAAAAGGAAAUUUCAAGUCGAAACAAAGCGAAUACUUACAGUUGUAACCGAAAUCGAAAUCUGGAUUCAGACGAUAAUAAUCGAACAUUCGAAGGAUCCGCAAUAUCAGUCAGAGCAGAUUAAGCUCAAACUUGGUGAGCUGUCAACCCACAUGAAAGCAUUAGAAUCUCUCCAAUCUCAAGCAAGAAACAUCGAAGACGACUCCUUACGGUUGGCUCUUGUAAGAGAAGUCGAGACAAUCAAACAGAGGUUUAUAACAGCCCAUCAAACAUUGCAACAACAGCAGUCCCACGCUAUUGAAAUGAUACAAUCAACUCCGCCCCCAGAGUACCAAGAACGAUACGUUGACAUCAAGGUUGCUGUCGAUGAUGCUUUACCAAUGGUGACAAAGGAAUUCCAAUAUGCAGAAUUGCCGCGUCUGGAAGACCAGAUGGAAGCUUGCAAGUUGAAGCAGAAAAAAGUAGGAGACCAGGAGUCCAACCUAAGCUACUUGAACAAGAAGCAGAAUGAAAUGCUAAAGAAUCUUAGCCCAGAGAAAUCAGCGAAAUUACAAAAGCAAUUACAUGAACUGAUGCGUCUUUGGUCUGAAGUCAAAGGGAAGCUAGAAGCGCGUCUGCAAAGGAUACGAGACGCAAUCACACAGACAAAGGAGCUGCAGAUGGCGAUGAAGGAGACGUUCAACUGGAUGGACGAUGUUGACAAAUUCCUUGCUGAUUUGUCCAGUACGAUUGCCGAAGGUGACACGGAGGCUGUCGAGUCUCAGGUUGAGGAAGUAGAGGCGUUGCAGUCUGACAUUCUUACAGUGCAGAAGAAGGUCGACUCAUUGAUAGAAACGUGUACCUACAUGAUGAACCGCGCGGAGCCAACGUAUGCGGAUGUUCUCAACUCAAAACUUACUGACAUGAACAAACGAUGGGAAUACAUAGUGCAAAAGACGGACAAAGAAAAGGCAAAGCUACAGAGCGGCCUUGACAAAUUUAAAGUCGUUGACUCAGGGAUAAAGGAGAUCUAUGUUUAUUUGAAGUCUCUUGAUGCUGUUAUGCAAACAGACCUUGCCGCGCUUGAUUCUACGACGGCGCAGACCAGUGCUGAGACUAUUAAGGAAGCAAUCACAAUGCUUAAGCGAAAAGAAAACGACAUUAGGCUUCAUGAGGAAACAACAAAAGAACUUCUUAAAAGUGCUCCGGCUGGAUCCAGCUCUCCAAUUGCCAAAGAGCUUGAGAAGCUGAAGAAAUCGUUCUCAAAUGUCCAAGGCCAAUUACUCGAUAUGAAGAACAUUUUAGACGAAGGUUUGAAAGACCUUCUAGAGCUGCAUGGUUUGCUAGCUGAAUUGUAUAAAGUGAUGGACGAUAUAGAUGAUUGCAUUACGAAGUCAUCAGAUGCAUUGGAUGGAGACGAACAUGAUCUGGAAACAUGUUUGAAUAGCCUUAACACUCAAUACAAAGUGUUGAGGUCAGACAAAGCCAUGUCUGUUGAGCCUCUGGUAAAAAGAAUUUCAAGUGGAAAAGUCGGUACAAAAUCUGCAAACGCAACAUUGGAGCAGUACAAUUCUCGACUCACCGAUACUCUUGAGCGUGGUGAUAAGGUUAGACAUAUUUUGGAAGGAGAACUUAUGAAGAGGCAGCAGUUGACCAAGGAUCUUAUGUGGUUGCAAACUUGGUUAGAGAAAAGCGAAAAAGAACUUUCAUUCAAAGUCACGGGGGCUGCUGAAGAGGACACAGUUUUCAAUGAGACUUUGCGGGAAGAGCUUUCGUUGAACCAGACCAUGUUACAGUCGGCAGAGAACACUGUGAAGGAGCUAACGGAGACUGGCAAGCCUGAGAGACAUGACAAAUUGCAAGGACAAUUGAAGGCGAUCAAAGUGAAAUGGGCAGAAGUGACCAAGCUUUUUGAAGAAGUUAAACAAAGACCACUCAAGGAUCUGGAGGUCAAAUUUGUCUCUCUGCAUGGCAAUAUCCUUUCUGAAAUGGACAAUAUAAUAAGAAGCAUAAAGAAAUUGAAACUGGAAUCGCCAACAGUUGCAGACAUUCAGUCGUUGGUGAAUGACUUAGAGGAUUACAAAACAAUCUAUGAAACAAUAGCUCAAGACAUCGAGAAACUUCGAUCAAUUGGAACUGAAAUCAAGGCGAAAACAGGAGAUGAGAAAGGAGCCAUCGAAAGGAGCUUGAAUGAAGUUCAGAACGAGCACAAGCUUCUUGGAACGACAAUGGAUGAUAAGAGAAAGCUGUUCGCCGCCGCACUGGAAAUUAUUGAAGUUCUUGAGGCAGACCUUGACGAUUUAGACCAGUGGAUAAAAACAGUUAACGUUGAAUUGCGGAAGGAAUCGGUGGAGCUGCCAGAAAACCCGGAACCAGAGAUUGAACGAAUUAAGAACAUAAUUGAUGACCUUAACGAGCAUGGUCCUACGGUAGAAAGAGUGAAGAAAGAUACGAAGGAGCUUCUGACGAAAUGUGAGGCCGCGCCUUUUAAAGCCUUUGAAUCGAAGGUUGAUAAUAUUUACAGUGUUUGGCUGGAAUUGACAAAGGAGUCUAGGGAAAGACUCGAGACGCUUCAGAAAUGGCUGAAAGUAAUUGACGAUUAUGAGAGGAAUGUUGAUGACUUGAACGUCUGGAUUGACAGUAUGGAAAAAUCUGUUGAUCUGUUGGGAUACCAAGAAAGCCGGCACGACCUGGAAGCAGAAUUGGAUGAAUUAAAGAAAUUGAAGAAAGAUGUGGACGAUAACGAAUCCAGAUUAGAUUCGCUAAAAGCACUCGGAGACGAUAUUGCGACACGUGGUAAGCCAAGUUUGGUUCAACCUUUCGAAACACAGCUGUAUAAACGAUGGGAAGAUCUCGAGAAGAAAGUUGAUUUCAAGAUUUCUGAUACAGAGAGGAAAGUGCAUCAGAUAAUUGAAAGAGAAGAAAAAGAAGAGGAAGAACGGCUGAAAGCAGCUUUGAAAAUUGUAGAGGAAGAAAAAGCAGCAAGAAUCGAAAUUGUCGAAGAGGAAGUAUUGGUAUCAGAUAGUAGGCGGGAGGUUGAAUCGGCACCGGAUGUAGUGGAUGAAAUGCCGAUCAAUGUUGAGUUGGUGACGCAGAACCAGUCCGCCAACACCAGUAACAGUGUUUGGGUAAUGAAAAGACAGACAGAAUCUACGCAAGUAAAACAAUACGCAGAAGUGAAGUUCACUGUCACAAGCAAAACAGUCGAGAAAAGCGAUAUACGAAUGAAGUUAAGCCAAGUGAUUUUUGAGAUUGAGAAUCUUGAACGAACAUUGAUAAGAAUCAAAGUGAGGUCGAGCAAGACAGAUGACGUCAUAAAAGCACAAGAGGAGGCAGAGGACGUCCAGAAAGCUUUGGAAGACCUGCAACCUCGUGUCGAUGCACUUUUGAGUGAGGCCAAAAGCUACCGUGUUGAAGGGGAGCCAGAAGUCUCAGUAGAUGUGCAGCAGGUAGCAAAAGAGUUAACACGUAAGGUCAGCGGAGCGCACACAACUGUAGCGCUACGAAAAAAGACACUUCGAAGUGUUGAUAAAAAGCUUUUCCGUUAUCAACAUGACUUCGAGGCUAUUCAAAAAUGGCUUGAAGAUGCUGAAAAGGCAAUGGAGAGAGAAGAAGAUGAAGACAAAAUGAAGGAACUUGAACAUGAUAUCGAGAAACGCGCAUCUGAAAUGGAGGCUGUAGAUAUGCGCGCUGAUGAGUUGAGCCGAGUCUGCGCAGAUGGAGAAAUUUCAUUGAGUGAGAUAGACCAAUUGAGAAAGCGAUUCAAAAUAAUUCAGACACGAUUUUACCAAAUCAAAAAACCAGAAGAAAAAGAUACGACAUACAAGUUAAGCGUUUACACCGCUGAUGUUCCUGAGGGCGACACAAGAGCCAAUGUCUACAUCAAGCUAUUUGGAGAGUACGGGAACAGUGAGCAAUUUGCUUUGCGUCAAUCAGAAACUAAGCGAAAGAAGUUCCUACCGGGUCAGGUAGAUGUAUUCACAUUCCGGGAUCAACCCUGGCUUGGAAAACUUAGCAAAAUUCGAAUCUGGCACGACAACGAGGGAUCGAGUCCAGCUUGGUACCUGAGCAGCAUUUACGUGCUAGACGAACUUGCUGCUAAGUUGUAUGGUUUUGUGAUUGAUUCUUGGCUUAGCAAAGAGCAUGGGGCUGUGCUCAAAGAAUCUGCCUGCUCUGGAAUCACCUUGUUUAAAGAACUCUCGCCAGAACUAUUGACUAAGAAGCACAAAGUCUAUGAGAUUCAAUGGCUGUUUGAGAAUUACUCGCUACAUGAUAAAGACAGUGGAAUUAAUCAUAAGAAGUACAUUGAAAAUAUUGAGAAUACCAACAGCAAAGUCAUUGCAAUCAAGAAGGAAUUAGAAAAUCACGUAUUUGUGGGAAAAGAGUUCGAGAAUUUCACUGAACGUGAGCGCAAGAUGAAGGAGCUAGAAGAAAGCAUGGACCGAAUGGCUCCCAUUGUUGACAAUCUGAUGAUCCUUCGCGAGAGGUAUCUCAGUAAAUGCGAUCCAGAUGAUAUGGAUGGCAUCGAUGUGUCGCUGAACUCACUCAGACUCAACUGGAAUGCCGUCAACGUUGAAUUUAAGGCUAGAUAUGCAUCGUACGACAAAUCUGUUUCUGUAUGGAGGCAAUUCCAUAAUGAUCUCAAGGAACUCACACUGUGGCUUACAAAGGCAGAAAACAAACUGGCUGAAACCAAAUAUUCAACCGGGGAGAUAAACGAAUCACUAGCUUCGCAAGAACAACAGGGUCUUGAGGAAGGCCUGACUGAGAACGAGGCCCGAAAGGAGGCAGUGAAUUUGCUUUGUAAAGAUAUCAUUGCACAAUCGACCGAGCAGGACGCAGACACUCUUAGAGAAAAAGUGAAUAUUGUCAACAGCAGAUGGGAGGUUGUCCGCAGCGAAAUAAGCGAAAGAAGCACCAGAUUCCAGCAAGUUGGCAGCCAAGACGUGAAUGUUUUUGUUGAAUCUUGCGACAUACUUCUGGUAUGGAUAAAUAAGACACACAAACUUAUUACAGAAACACAGCCACACCCUAUCGAUGAAGACGGUUUGGAUGAAUACAAAGAAAAGCUAAUACAAGCCGAAGAAGAACUCUCUUCGAAACAAGAAGAGCUUCUCAAUCUUACAAACUCUGGACAGAAGAUGUUGACGAAAACUUUGUCUUCUAAAUCGGUAACUGAAAUUGAGAGCAAAGUUUCCAUUGUACAGGAUAGAUGGCAACAGGUCAGUCUUGCCUUGUCCCAGCGUAGGUCAGCAGUCGAAGAAAAGCUGUCACGUGCAACGAAGUUCUUAGAAGAACUCGAAGAGCUGUCUGUCUGGAUGUCAGCGACAAGGGAUCUUCUCGAGAAACAAGAACGAGGCGAGGCAAGUGGGAUGAUGGUGGACCCAGAGACGAUGAGACAGGCGUUGGACACACGGAAAAAGAAUGUCGAAGCAAUUAAUAAACUUCUUUCAGAGUUCCGUGGCGAGGGAGACUUGACAACAGCUUUUCCAAAAGAAGUCCGCGAUAAAAUCGAGAGAUUGAAUCGUGACUGGCAGAUUAUCAUACAGUUGGCUUCACAGUUGAGAGAGAAGGCAGCGGUGAGCGAAAACGUGAUAGUUGCGGAGGAGCAUCUGCAGGAGUCAUCUCCGGAGUAUUUCACAAUGAAUGACGAACCAGAUCUUGGUUGCCGCAGCGCAUCAUUUGAGAGCAAGGUCAGAGAGAUCCAUUCCUGGCUAAGUGCAACCGAGGCUAAGUUUAUUACCCCGGUUUUGAUUGGUGAUCCUGAAGAAAUGGAGAAGGCUGCCCAGCAACACGCGGCCGUUGAUCUUGAGUUGGAACUUCGCAAAGGGCAGCUCGAAGAAACAACCGAGUUGGGUGCUGCUUUGUCAAAUGACGCAAGUGAAUCUUCAAAAUUUGCCAUCGAUGAUAAAAUUAUCAAGUUAAAAGAGCACUGGGAGGCAGUCACUUUUAAAUUCAGAUCGCACCGACACCAGUCGCAAGAACUGGUGGAGCACUGGGGAACGUACGAAGAUUUAAGAGGCCAGCUUGUUCGGUGGCUGCAAAGUGCUGAAAAGUAUUUCAGCAGCGAUGGCGCAAAGGACCCUGGGAGUACUGUUACUGAACUGGAGGAACAACUUAUGCAGCACAAGCAAUUUCAAGACGACAUUCCUGGUAUAGAGAAAGUUUAUGUAUCGUUUUGUAAAGCUAGCGAGAAGAUGUCUCAGAAGUAUGCAGAUCAUAAUUUGACGUCAUUGCAAGCAGCCACAGAUAACAUCAGACGCAAGUGGGAAGAAAUCAAAGAGCGAUCAUCAAACAGACAAAACAGCUUGCAGGAAUCACUCGAUCGUUUGCUUCUGUUCCACAAAAACAUGAUCACUGCUCUGACGUGGUUGAGCUCAGCUGAGUCAAAGGUAGCUGACCUCGAUUCCAUCGUGGAGGCAAGCCAUACAGAAGAGCAGAUAGAAAUGGACGAGCUGCACAAAGAACUUGCGCAACUGGAGGAAGACAUCAGUGAUCACCAGUCAAUGUUUUCUACCUUAAACGAAACUGGUCAAAAUAUAAUCGCCGAUUUGGAACCAGGGGAGGUUUUAACAGCAUUGCAGUCGAAACUUGAUGAUAUGAAUGAUCGUUGGAACAGCCUUGGUGUCCGAGUGGUCGACAUAAGGGACAGGGUCAGCGACGGUACUGGUGAGUGGAGACAGUUGCUGCUUGACAUGCAGGAAAUCGUCGAUUGGUUGGUUAGAGCCGAUCAGGAAUUGACAUCACAAAAGCCAAUCGGUGGCGAUGUGGAGACAGUACAGCAACAGAACGAUAACCACCAGGCCUUCAAAGGAAAACUUAACGUAAGACGAUUAAUCAUCGAGCAAGCAUUGCAACAAGGAAAGCAGUUUCUAAGCAAACACGAGGGUACCCCAGAAGGAGGCAGAAGAGACAGCAAUGCGUCGCUAUUGCUACGGGUUAUCGAAAACUUGCGAAGGCAGUUGUCACAUGUCGAAGAGCAGUGGAAGCAACUGAUUCACAAAUCCGAGGAAUGGCAGAAAAUACUGGAUGAAGUUCUACAUCUGAUGCAUAUGCUAGUAGCCCAGAUUGACGAAGUAAAUAUGCAUUUAACAAAAGCUGAGAAGAUUCGAUCCACAUGGCCGCCAGUCGAGAAUACUGAUUCACUGCAGGACCAACUCGAUGAAGUCAAGAGUUUUUUGGAACAGCUUUCUGGUCUCGAAGGACAAUUUGAUAACAUGGACGGUUCUGCAAAGGAGCUGCGCCAGUUUCACUGCGUGGUACUUUCUGGAUCUCUUGAGAGUGAAAUUGACCAGUUGCACAGGAGAUGGAACCAGCUUCACAUUGGAUGUGUGGAAAGGCAGCGAACAAUACAAGAAUUGCUUUCUGAUUACGAUAUCCAUGGAUCUGGAGAACUGGCAGGAAGUGUGAAUGCACCAUGGGAAAGAUCUGUUGCUGUUAACAAAGUCCCCUAUUACAUAAAUCAUGACACAAAAACCACACAGUGGGAUCAUCCAAAGAUGAGUGCAGUUUAUCGAACUCUCUCCGAUUUGAACGAUGUGAAAUUUGCAGCAUACAGGACUGCCAUGAAGCUUAGAUGUGUACAGAAAGCUUGUUGCUUGGACUUGGUAACCAUGGAGGCCAUGAAGCACGCCUUUGAUAUUCAAGAGGCGAGGUCUGCCCUGGGCGACAUCGAUGCCUUGGUUGAUGUGCUCCAGAUUAUAAAUGUUGUGGUUGCUGCAUUCGAAAGGGCUGAACACAAAGAGAGUAUCAACAUUGCUCAGUGUGUCGACUUGGUUCUCAACUGGCUUCUGAAUGUCUUUGACAGUGUCAGAUAUGGAAAGCUGAGAACUUUGUCUCUGAAGACUGGAUUGAUCUUACUCUGUAAAGGCUCUCUUGAGGAGAAGUGGAAAUACCUGUUCAUGUUAGUUGCCAAUAAGCAGGGUCAUCUUGACCAGAAGAGACUUGGCCUUCUUUUACACGACUGUGUCCAGAUCCCCAGACAACUUGGAGAAAUUGCAGCCUUUGGCGGCAGCAAUAUCGAACCAAGUGUCAGAAGCUGUUUUGAAAUGGCAAAAUCAGCAACACAUAUUGAUAUCACCAACUUUCUUGGUUGGGUCUCCCACGAGCCACAGUCGGUCGUAUGGAUGCCAGUUCUUCACCGAUUGGCCGCCGCAGAAACAGCGAAACAUGAAGCCAAGUGCAAUAUUUGCAAGGAAUACCCAAUUGUAGGGUUCAGAUACCGCUGUCUGAAAUGUUUCAACUACGACAUGUGCCAGAGUUGCUUCUGGUCUGGUCGAAUCUCAAAAUCACAUCGUAUUACACAUCCAAUGCAUCAGUAUAGUUUAGCGACCACGACAGGCGAAGAUAUGGCUGACUUUGUGCGACUUCUUAGAAACAAAUUCAAAUCGAGGCGCUACAGAAACAGGCCACCACGAAAACUCGGUUACUUGCCAGUCCAGACGGUUUUCGAAGGAGGAAAUAUCGAAACACCUUCUACGCCAUCUUCACCAGACAUGAGUGAAUACUCUACAAACAGUUUCAGAAAUGAAACAGAUGGUCGUCCAAAAGGCAGAAAGACUCACAUGGAUGAUGAACAUCGCCUAAUUCAACAGCUUUGUAGCACCUUGAAUUCGGAGAGCUCGCUGUCUCCAAAAAGCCCAGCCCAGAUUUUAGCCACCCUCGAGCGAGAUCAAAAGGAUGACUUGGAUUGUACAAUUAAAGAAUUAGAGGAGGAACACAAGGCAUUGCAAGAUGAAUACGAGCGACUAAAGAUUGUUCGUGCCCAGGAUAUGAAUGGAACAAACGGCAGCAACGGGUCAAAUGAAUCGGGUCGAGAUGCUGAACUCCAGUCUGAGGCAAGGACGCUUAGGCAGCACAAGGGCAGGUUAGAAGCGCGAAUGCAAAUCCUCGAAGAUCACAACAAACAAUUAGAGGCUCAGCUGCAGAGACUGAGACAGCUCCUCGAACAGCCUGCCGGAGAAAGGGAUCGAAGCGUCUUGAGCGUUAGCUACAACUCAUCGCUGCCUCGUUCACCAACUGGCGCUGCAUCGAACCCAAUCAAUGGCUCCUCUAGCGAUGCAGAGGCUAUGGACAUUGCUAGUGGUUCUGAUGAGCCACCUCGUUACGAUAUAAAAAGCGUCACCUAUCAGCCCGAACGAGGUUAUGCAAUCAAUAAUUGAUAAAUGUUGUAGUUAGGUUUUUUGAAAGAACAAUUUCUAAUUCACAAGCUUUUAUAGUUGACCGUAACUAGCUUGGCAGCUUGGCGCUGUAUUGGCACAUUUAACCUCCAUAAAUCAUUUUAACUUACAAAUUAGUUUUUAGAGUUUCGUUUGCUAGGAAAUUGUAAACGCAUUGUACUAUGUGACUCCUUCUAACUGCUAUUAUGAAACCAUUAUCAUCAUUGUAAUCGAGAACAGUUUGACGUCACUCAUGCUGGCUCCAUGCGGCUUUAAAGCAGUUAUUAGACGCCGAGCCCUUACUAUCUGUAUGCCUGCUAGUUGGUGAGAUCUUUUAUAUCCGCAUUGGACACUAUUGUCGGCUCACCGGACACUGUUUUGUUUAGUCGAUAUUUUAUGUAGUUAUCUUUUUAUUCUUGCUUGUGAUGUAAUUCAAAUAGCAAAUUUCCCUUGCUUCACCCACUUUUAUGUACAUAUCCAAUUCUUUCAUACGGAUGAAAAUUUUUGUACUUUCUAGAAAGCUGCCCUAAAACUUUUCACAUUUUGGGAAUUUUCGUCCAAAUUAUUAAAUUUUGGCAGUUCUACUGAUUAAAGCAUUUUGUCUCGAGAACAAACAUGAUGUUCGUAAUAAAUCGUCUCCUAUUGUUAGAUAAAAUGCCUUGGUAUCUUCAUAACUAGAAGUAUUUUUGAACGUAUUUUAUAUUAAUGCUAAUUACCUGAGCACACUUUCUAUCGAUCAAUCCUUGUAAAUGUUUUGUGUUUGUUGGCUGAUGCUAAAACAUGGGGAAACUUUUUGGUCUACCGUGUCCGGUUAGUUGAAAGACGUGUAUUCCCUAUUUUGUAACCCCUUGCAUAUGUUGACUUUCACGAAGGUUUUGUUAAUAUCUCUACAUAUUUAGUCGAAUCAUAGUCGUGUUAUUUCAAAAUAUCAACAAUCCAUUUUCA